GGGUGAGGCAGAGCAGAGCAGAGCAGGAACAGGUGGAGGUCAUCAGACUUCAAUCAGCGUGUGUUACCACACUGUUAGACAUUUCAGCAAUUUCUACAGUACUUUACUUCAUAUCACACAGUAAAAUACUUGAAAUGAUUAUUUCAGUAACUUACUGUAUGUAUGGGGAAUUUUGCUAAUAAGUGUGGUAAGUCACCAGGUUUUUUUAAAUUACUGUAAGUUACCAUUUAAAAAAAAAAAUGCGGUAGCCUACGUCACCUGCGACCCCAAGCAAGUGCCCUUCAUCUCAAAGAAUGCUAUUUCGCCACUUGAUUGAGAGCGCUGCACCAUGGACACAUGACUGGUUGAGCACUGGACAAAAAGGUAUGUGCCUUUACAAAACAGCCACAUGAAAACCUUCUCCACCAGGUCUUCUUUUCAUUUUAGUUUUUGUUGAAAUAGCAACCGAUAUAAUAUAGCACUACCAUAAACUUUCUGCGAACACACCUGCUAACAUUCAUACAGCUUAGCUAUCUACCGUUAUAGCCAAUGUAUGAUAGAUUCUACGGUGACUAGUUCAGACAACCCCGUUUUUGAUAGCCUGUCCUGUCCUGUCCUGCCCUGAAACCUAGUUUUAUAUUCCCGGUUCCCGAUGUUUUAUUAAAAUUGGCAACUGCUCUGGCUAUUGAGUUUAGCUGCUAGCAUGCUAGGUGUUUGUCAUAGUAACGUAAGCUAACGCUAGCUUUAGGCUACCCCAUUUCAGUGAUUGGUAGCACCAGAAUGCCAAUGGGCUUUGUGGUUUUGUGUGUUUAUUUUGUUUCAUAUUUAGUCUUUAUCAAAGUAAGUGGUUUGGACUGGAUAGCGCCGAAUGGUUUACAGGGUUGCAUGUGAAGUUAGCCAGCAGUUAGCUCUAGGUGCUAUAGCUUGCAGGAGGGCGCGAUCUAGGUAACGUUAUAAUAAUCAUCUCUGUGUUGUCUACAUUAAAGCCCAUGUCUUUUCUUACAAGUGUUUAGCCUUGCUUCAUAUUUAUUUUCAAUGAAAGUUCGAGUAGUUGAGUAGUUAGGGCAAAGGUGUUAGGUCAGAGUAGCUAGCUAGCUGCAUGGUUUUAGGCGGGCGGGAUAUUGUUGGACAUGUCUGCAUAGCUGAAUUUUCCCACAAAAUGUAUCCAUCUUUCUGAGUUUCGGGAGAAGUGGGUGUGGCAUUAGGCUUGUGCCCGGGAAAGUAGACCAACGCAACACAGAAUAUUACCGCAGUGCAGACGAUUAGUCUCGUUAGACGUGCAUGGUUUUGCGUGCAUGGGCUAACCUUGUAAGUUAUUCGAAUAGUUUUAAUCAGCUUUCGUGUCAUUUGCAAAUGUAGUGUGGUUACAAAUUGUAUUAUUGCAAGAUUUGUCCUCAUCAAACGGUGAACUUGAAAACGUUUUGUUUCCACGCAAAAACCCAUCGAAAUUUGGCCAACUUCAGAUUUCGGUGUGGCAUAGAACAGUGCCCUGGUAAUUUCAGAACAUGUUCUGCCUUGAGAUCGCACAUGCAUAGAAAUCACAUUCCUAACGAAUCCCCACAAAACGUAGCGCUUCAACACCGUGACUAUCAGAUGCAAUGUUCAGGGAUGCGAUUAUGUGUCGAACAACUUUGCGUCCUUGUGCGCUCAUUUGAGAUUGCAUAUAAGAAAUGGCAAAAACGUCAAGUGUCCCUAUGAAGGUUGCUCAAAACAGUUCCGAGUAAGACAAUCCUUUGGAACUCACAUAUCUAGAAAACAUAGACAGUCAAGAGUAACACAACCCUCACAUGAACAGCCACACAUUGAGGUUACUGACGCUACAGAUGAGCCAUCAAUAGAUGGAAUGGAUACGGACUCUGGAAAAGAGGCAGAUACAUUUGUGAAGAAUUUGGCUUUGUUUUAUUUAAAAAUGCAGGCCAAAUUACUUUUGCCAGCUACAACAAUACAGUGGCUGUUGAAAUGCCAGAAGUUGACAUAUCAAUGUCUCUAACAUACAUCUACCAACGACAUAUGAUUAACGCAUGCCCCCCUCCUACAAUGUCUGAGAUGAAAGACCAGUGGCCUUUCCUUUUCACCAAGCGAGGAGUUUGCGAACAUUUCAAGAAUCUGACAGGCAUCAAUAUAACUACUCGUCUUGGAGAAGCACUUAUGACUAAGGGAAAACGGAUCAUUAAUUACUUUCAAGAACAGCACGACAAUAGCAUUCAGAGUCUGCUACGGGGGAUGGAGACGUCAAACAACAACCAGACGGCUAUUGGAGCAGUGCUCCUAAUGAUGAAGCACUUCAACGAAAAGGAGGAAUCCAUCUUCGUGUUAGCAGAUACAUUUGCAACGGCAACUUCAAUUGAGAAUGACAUGGACCUUCCUAUCACACCUCGACUGAUCAUGCUUGGGAACACAUUACUGACUUCCACAAAAUGGAUGGUGAGCAUGGAGGGGAAGGUGGCCUUUGUCUUGGAUGAGCACUUAAGUUUCACUGAUGCCCUGUCAGUAUUCUUUUCCAGCUUCUAUGUUUUUAACAUAGAGUACCAGGAACCUGCCUGUGCAACCCUGGAAUUUAUACAACGAUUCUUUGUGAGAAUUAAUCCCGAGGAUGGAACUAAGUGUACAACAAAAACAGGAGUGAGCCGAAAAACAGGACAGUUGGUGAAGAGAAAGGCCUUACCAAUCAACAACAGAGUGGCGUCAUUUGUGUCUAGGCUGACCCAAUUUGAGUGGCAGCACUCAAACUAGGUGUGAAUGUCACAUUAGGGUAACACAUAUUUUUCUGGUAGACUGUUUUAUAGUUUCUGAAGGGUUUGGCCCAAGGUUUUGGAGCUGAUUUUUUUAUUGUUAGUGCACUCAGGCUAGUCCUGCCCAGAUGAAGAAGCGGGUCAGUGGAGGUUAGUGGAGUCUAGGGCUGGUUAAAUCUCUCGGCUGAAUGCCAUGGCCAUUGGCCGAACGUAGCUGACCCCACACUUAUCGCCAUGGCCACAGGGCUCAAGGGGUUCCUGCUAUUCAAGCAAACAGCCAAAAGAACGACCAAGACAACUCACAAAUGCCAUUUGAAUGCAACAUCUUGCAGAACUAUAUACACCAAUAUUUAAAAGUGGCACUUUUUGUCUGUUUUUCUAGAUUUUUGUUGCUGUUGUUAUUUUGUUAAAUACUUGACUGUCAGAUAGUUAUGUAAGAUGAAUCAGAUUUUACCAAAAAUACUUGCAGACCACCAAAACAUCCUCCAUCCUCCAUGUGAGACCACACAAAAAAAACACACAAACCACACAGAAAAACACACAUCCAGACACACAAAGGUGUCCCCAUAUCCUUUUGUGCCCACGUGUACUCACAACAAAAUACAUACAAAAAUAAAUUUCCCCUUUGUUUGCCUGGUUCCUUGUUUGAGUGCAAAUGGCAAAAUGAAA